UAGUCUAUCUCUACCAAGAUCAAUCCGAACAGUUAUGUAAUGACUUCCAGCUUAUCGAUCAUUUGGGAUGUGUAGUCAUGCACGUCAACUUUACCAGUGUUAAGGCUAAGACAAAAAACUACAACUUCCGGCAUGCUUAGAGGCGCAUCGCUCCGCUCGAGUUACUCUCACACGGACCGUAGUUCGCUCUACUGAAGAAAUCCGUCUUAAUGAUCCGGUUGGUGAAUAAGUGAAAAGAGUUUGGUGUCAUGGCGGAAUCUGCAGCUUGUUCUGCUUUCCAGCUCGGCAGACCCCGAUACGAUCAGACUUCAUUCCUUGGACGUCUGAGACACUUUGUUGACAUCAUUGACCCUAGCACCCUGUUUGUUUCAGAGAAAAAACUAAAAGAGUGCAUCAAACUCCUUGAUGACUAUAAACAUGGCACACUUCCUCCUGGAGUGUCUGCAGAUCAGUUGUGGGAGGCCCAGAAGAUUAAACAGGCCAUCAUUCACCCUGACACAGGAGAGAAGAUCUUCAUGCCAUUCCGAAUGUCAGGUUAUGUACCAUUUGGAACACCAAUUGUCAUUGGCCUUCUCCUCCCAAAUCAGACUGUGAUGUCUACCAUUAUAUGGCAGUGGUUGAACCAGAGUCAUAAUGCCUGCGUGAACUAUGCAAACCGGAAUGCCACUAAGCCUACUCCAACAUCUAAGUUUCUUCAAGGCUAUGUGGGCGCUGUAACCAGUGCUGUUUCUAUUGCUGUGGGACUGAACAUGCUUAUUCAGAAGGCCAACAAGCUGAGUCCUUCCACCAGAAUGAUUAUUCAGAGAUUUGUCCCCUUCCCAGCUGUAGCGAGUGCAAAUAUCUGUAACGUAGCUCUAAUGAGACACAAUGAGCUGUCAGAGGGCAUUGAUGUACUGGACCACACUGGCAGCGUGGUGGGAUCCUCCAAAAUUGCUGCUAGACAUGCAAUAAUGGAGACGGCCUUCACACGUGUCGUCCUUCCUAUGCCUAUCUUUGUCUUGCCUCCAAUCAUCAUGUCCUACAUUGAAAGGCUGCGAUUCCUGCAGAGAAACCGAAGAUUUCUGCUGCCAAUCCACAGCCUUGUGUGCCUGGUUACUUUCGGCCUCUCUCUGCCCGUGGCCAUCAGCCUCUUUCCUCAGAUGUCUCAGAUUGAGGUGUCUCGCCUUGAGCCGGAGAUUGCCAUGGCAACGGAUUGCAGACUGUUGACCUACAACAAGGGUUUAUGAUGAAGAUGCGAUUCGAGCAUAAAACGGAGACUGCUUUCUGAAUAACUCUAAACGCAGAACUAGCUAUUAGAGAUGCUGUGUCUACCUAACAUUCCUGAACCUGUUUUUCCUCCAGAAACCGCUGCAUUUAUUGAGCCAACAUGUGGUCAGACGCAUCUGUGAGAGUUUUCUUUAUCGGAAAAUUCCUAUUUUUACUCUAAAAUCCCAUUUAGCAAUAAUAUAUACCUGAUAUUUACAGGGUACUGUCCUCUGCACAGUAUUAAUGUACGGCUGCAACUUCUGUAGCAGAGUUGACUCAAGAGGUGAUUUGUUAAAGUUUUUCUCUCUAGGUUUGAUAAUGACAUAAGUGCUGUAUUUAGAAGGUUUUUCUACUCUAUUUUUAAUUCUUAUUUUCUAGAUUUUUUAUUAUUUUUUUUUAUCUCAUUCAGUUCGUUUACAUCUCCCUCUUCCUAUCUCCUCAUCUCUAAAUGUUGGACCUUUGAGCAGCUCUGACAGCUGGUGUUGGGAUGUUUGUUUAUCUGUCAGUUUUUCACAGCGAGCAGCUACUGGUGAAGCAACAGAAAUAUAGUGAUUUAGGUUGGAAGCAGCAGUGGG